GGGAGGGGGCGGGGGUGGCCGAGUGCAAAGUGCAUCCCGAAAGACCCCUACCCGGACUGCUUGGUGCUGGCAUUUGGUACUCUGUAGGAUCAACGACUUCGCUACCCUGAAACUGCCUGGGUCUCCUAGAAGCUGGGAGCCUCUGGCCCCGAGCGCGACAAUAUCCUUUACCGAGCCCCCGGACCGGGUCUGUGCCCCCUCCCCACCGGAGCCCGAGACUUCUUCCUAGCACCCCUGCAUUUGAGAUUGCCCGGCGAAGGGGACCGCCGUUCCCAGCUUGCUCGGCUAUCUGAAUAUUCUCCGGGCUGGGGCUGUGAGGCGCCGAGAAAGAUCAGGAACACCCGUGUCCGGCCCUGCCUGGGGCUGUUUCUUCCAUGGAGAAGUUGGUGAGUGUGGAGGAGGCUAAAAGGAGGAAAAGAAACAGGAGCUGAGGAGGCAGGCUUAAGCUGGUUGGAGGAGACGAGACAACAGGAAGGGUUCUGCUCACCCCCACAGAAGAAGCAGGUGGAGUGAGUGCCUCUGACCAGCAUCAUUAGAAAGGUGCAGCUCUCAUAAAAGACUACCAAGAGAAAAUCUAUUACAUGUCUGAUGUUUGGACUAUCAAGAUAUUCUGGUUAAGAAAGUUCACUGGUUCUAUAGUCCGGAGACACUGAGCUCCUUCUCCAUGAUGCUGUGCAUGCACAAUGGUUAUUAGGCAACUCCCUGAUCACAAGAAAGGACAUUGUACCAUAAGGUUGAUCCCUGUGACCUCAUGAACCCUUGGUAAAAGGUAGACUUAGCUAGGAUGUUACACCACCAUUGUCGAAGGAACCCUGAGCUCCAGGAAGAAUUGCAGAUUCAGGCUGCUGUGGCUGCUGGGGAUGUUCACACCGUACGAAAGAUGUUGGAACAAGGCUAUUCUCCAAAUGGCCGAGAUGCUAAUGGAUGGACCCUCCUUCAUUUCUCUGCAGCAAGAGGAAAAGAAAGAUGUGUCCGAGUAUUUCUGGAACAUGGAGCUGACCCCACAGUGAAGGACUUAAUCGGAGGCUUCACUGCUCUGCAUUACGCAGCCAUGCAUGGCCGGGCCCGAAUUGCACGCUUGAUGUUAGAGUCUGAGUGCAGGAGUGACAUCAUUAAUGCCAAAAGCAAUGACGGCUGGACCCCCCUCCAUGUGGCUGCUCACUACGGAAGGGACUCGUUCGUUCGACUCCUACUGGAGUUCAAAGCCGAGGUCGACCCGCUCAGUGAUAAAGGUACAACACCGCUUCAACUAGCCAUUAUCCGAGAAAGGUCAAGUUGUGUGAAAAUCCUCCUGGACCAUAAUGCCAAUAUUGACAUUCAGAACGGCUUCCUGUUACGUUACGCUGUGAUCAAAAGCAACCAUUCUUAUUGCCGAAUGUUCCUUCAGAGAGGAGCAGACACAAACUUGGGUCGCUUAGAAGAUGGACAGACGCCUUUACACUUGUCUGCCCUUAGGGAUGAUGUGCUUUGUGCACGGAUGUUAUAUAAUUAUGGAGCGGACACGAACACAAGGAACUAUGAAGGACAAACCCCAUUGGCUGUUUCAAUCAGUAUUUCUGGAAGUAGUCGACCGUGUUUGGAUUUCUUACAAGAAGUAACAAGGCAGCCCAGAAACUUGCAGGACCUGUGCCGAAUUAAAAUUCGUCAGCGUAUAGGCCUUCAAAACCUAAAACUACUUGACGAACUACCAAUUGCCAAGGUCAUGAAAGACUACUUAAAACACAAAUUUGAUGAUAUCUGAUAUCCACAGAACUUUGAGCAAGAUUAUGAGUUAUAUUCCUGACACUUAAAAGGCUUUUUGCCUUGCACAAAGUAUAUCCUAUGCAAUUUCUGAUUUGCUGUGAAGUCAGAAAGCAGAUAUACACUUUUAGGGUUUGGGGUUUUUUUUUGUGGGUUUUGGUUGUUCGUUUGGUUGGUUUUCAUGGUAGGGGUGGGGAUAUAUAUACAUACAUACACACACAAACCCACACCACUUGCUUGAAGGUCUUAAUUUGGUUUCUUGGUCCAAGUUUAUGUGGUCCAAGCUUUCUAUACAAUACUGCAUUUAGAAAAAAUGUGUUGUUGUUGUUUUUUUCUAAAAUGGAACAAGUAGGUUCAGAGUGGAGAACUUCCCCAUUCCAAAUUACUCCUGGUUUUAAUGUUGUGUAUUUUAAACCAGCAAAGCACUUGUUAAAGUAACAUUUUGAUGCCCACAUUCACCCAAGGGAUCCUGGGUUACAUUAGAUGUCCUGAGAAAUUCCAAAAGUGAUGCUGCCACCUCAUUCAUUUUCAAUGAGUAUAGAUUGGCUGUUUGAAACUGUUCUUUUUCUAAUUGAUGUAGCUUUGAGAUAGCAUUAAUCCAGUACCCGUGCUUUCCUAUUCAUGUGCUCUUGUUUUUAUUUAUUUUUUAACUGUAGUGCACUACCCAGAGGCUUUGAGUCUCGACUUCUGUCUCUAGCUGAGUUGUGCUUUUUAAAAAAUUAAUGCAAAAGAAAGUAACUUUAAGAAGCCAGUGUAUUCUGUGUGUGAAACAGUGCCUCCUGUGCAGAACUCGUUUCUGGUGUCUUUUAUCCAUGACCUCCUGUGGUUCAUCAUUCCACAGCCAGCUUUGACAAGCCACAAGCCCGUGAGAACAGGAACCACCGGUGUCGUUCGCAUUGCAGAACCACAGUAGGUCAGUUGCCAUUUCCAUUUUCAGCUUUGCUCUUGACCUCAUUUUGGACAGAAAAUUUCAUAACCUGGUGGUAAGAGUAUUCCCUAAAAAGAGCCCCAAAUAUUGUUCAGACAUUCAGCUUUGACAGUUGGAUAGUUUGGAAUGUUUUCACUCGUGGUGUUUCUUCUCAUUUCACUUGUAAAAUAGGGUAAAAUUUCUAAUGGAUGCAUUUUUAUAAGUAAGAUUUAUAAGUCUUUUAAGACAAAUUAUAAGUCUCAUUAAUUUCUAAUGUGCUCAUUAGACAUUUCAUAUUUGUUUUGAGGCUACCCCAUGAAGCUCCUCCAAAGGAUGACUGUGUUUUCUGAGUCGAUGGGACAUUUGUUGGCAGGAUAAACACAGAGAGAAGAGAGAUUCUGUGCAACUUAACAGGCAGCAGUGAUCUAAGAGAUGUGUUUGGUGCUUGAUUUAACAUUUGCUUAGCUUCAGAGGAACCUUCUCAAACUCCAGUAUUGUUCUGAGUGCUUUUGGAAAUGUCAAAGUUUUUACACACUGACGAUGAAUUUGCUAACACGUUUACAAGUUGAAGAACUCUGAAUGUCUAGUUUAAGUCAUUACGCAUAAAAUUAUUUCAAGUGAGAAGUAUAACUAAGCUUAGAAAUAGGAAUCUCAUCAAGAUUUGCUUGUUUUCAGGGCCAGUGAUUGUUUCCCAAGCACAAAGUGUGUUCUCAAAGAUACGGAACAGCUCUGGCACCAGAAUGUCUGGUCCAGUGUGCCAAGGCAAGGUGCAGUUGAAUAAAGACUGUAGGCCACUUCGGGAAAAGGAUGAACUGGGGGAUUGCUAGUGUGGUUCAUGGACUCUUUUGUAGGCAACCAGGCAGAGUCUGAGUGGUUUUAUAACCAUGCCCAAACUGGAGCUUGAACCUAAUCACUAGGCCUGCCCUGUUCCUGGUAAGAUUAUCUCUAGAAAGUUACAUCCAAGAAAGAGUCCCUUGUGAAGAAAGGAGUAGAACGAUGUCCUCAUUCUUUAAACAAUACCCAGGCCAAGGCUAUACCACAUUAGCAGGGUGAAGGGAUAUGGCAUGCCCAGAAAUAAAUGAUCACUUCUUUCUAACACUCUAGACCCAGGGGAAUGAGGAGCUAGGAAGGUGCCUGGGAGUUCUGCACUCUGAACAGAAAUAUGAAUGUUGCAUUCCCAUAGGGCUAACUUCCUCACACGUGUGUUCAUUUAUUCAGUGAGUUUCAAAUUAUUUUAUCUCCUCAUCUAUUUAAAGGUUUCCAAACUAAGCUAGCCACUGAGUCUGAGUCAGGAAAUUCCAGGUAAAAGGUCCGAUGAAGGUCAGCUCUCUGUUCUGUUCUGCGGCUGUGACUUCAGGAAAAAUGAGGAGAAUUGAAAUUUCUAGUCAAUGAAGACGUGUAUAAUGCCAUUACUGAUUGUUUGAGGCUUUUAUCUGGACACUUAAAAAGAAUGCCUUAUUUCUGUUGUUCAUAAAAGCCCAAUUGCGUAUCAUAUUUAACAAAAUGUGUCAAAGCUGGUCAUUGGUGGAGUACAGUGAUGAGCAUGUUCAGGUCCAUGAUUAAUUUGAUUGACAAGCAUUCCGGGGUCACAGAAUGGGUAGAACCAAGUAUUGUCAGAAAAUCAAGUUACUGGCUUUUCUGGAACCUUGACUAAAAUGUUUAGAAUGUAUCAAAUUUGUCACUAAUCCUUCUAUAGCUCUUUAAAAUUAUUUAAACCUACGACUGAACCUUUAUGAAAACAUAUUUGGCAAAUACACCAAAGAAACCAGCUCACAAAAGAUUAUGCUCAUUAAUGAACUACAAACCUCAUCUUCUCAAGAGGUUGGGUUUUUUUGUAAAUAUUUUUGUUUAUAAAUGUACAGCAGAGUAAGAGUGUUUUUAGAUUAUUUAAUUUCCAUAUUUCUAAACUAUUUACUACAGAAUAAUAACCCAGGCUUACUAGUUCAGAAGAUUUGACUGUUUGUUUUUUUUAACCUGUCGUCGGUCGUGCUUGGAACAGCAUCUCCACUGGAGAGGUCAGUGUUCUGGCAGGAGCAAGGGUGCACAUCUGGAGUAUGAGGGGCACGAGUGUAAUUUGUCAGAUGCACCCGUAAGAGACAAGAAUGUGCAGUUUAAUUACCAGAGUGGACCAUAUGACAUGGAGAGAGCCUAACUUUCUGCAAAAUUGCUCAUUAGCCCAGAAUGUGAUUGGAAUAAGGGUGUUUGCCCCAAAUCUAGCUUUCAUGUAAAUCUUUGUGUGUUAUUAUCAUAAUGUAUUUUGUUCUUCCUUUGUAAUGUAAGUUUUGCUUUGGGUCAAUUUGAAUUAAAAAAAACAAACAAACCCUGAUUUAAAA